AUGCUGCUGCCUUGCCGGUUUUUCACUGCGGGGUGGUGGCUACCCCUGGAUGUUUGGUUGCAUCUGUCUCCUCAGUUUGCAAGGAGGACAAACGAUUCGAUCGUGUAUGCAGGCUGGGAUUACCUGCACUGUGUCCAGAUCCUGAUCAUUUCCAACUGGAUGUCGCCCACACCUUACAAUCCCAUUCCCAGCGAGUUUAUAUGGACCAAAGCCGCACGGAAUCGGCCUGAAAGGAUGAGCGUCGUAGCAGGAAGACCGCCAGAAUCACGAAUGUCAUACAAUAGGCCUCCGUCGUACCGAGAUGGCUCGCCUCAUCGUCAGCCCCCUUCGCCCACCUACCCUCGAGUGAUGGUGCCUCCGAUAUCCCCGCGAUCCUCUUCGUUCUCGUACACGAACUAUCAUUUCGCCAAUUCGAACGCCCCGAAUAUAUACUCUCCUACUGCUGCUCAGUUCCCUUUUCGUUCAGCUGGACGGAGCCCCGUGUUUCCGGACACGCCGUCACCGACGUUCCCGAAACAGUUGCCUCAGGAGGGCGUGGGAGAGAAUAGUACGCACGAGACUAAAAUUCAUAUACAUGGUAUCGAUUCACCAGCCCAAUUGAAGAAAUACAAAUGGAAGCGUGGGAGCCGGUUGAAAUUGCUUCGACGAACAUUACGGGAGAGAAAACUGCUGGCCAACGCUGUUCUCGAGCUUCGAGUGCCAGAGCUGGACCUAUCCAUAUCAACCGGAAAGCAUCAUGCUGGGCUGCAAGAAUACGUUGACUUGAUUGCGUCGGUGGUUAUGGCCUGCCCAAAUCUUGAGCGGCUUUUAGGGAUCACGUUACCGUACACCCACGAGUUCGAUCGAUUGACUCAUGCCUUAUCUACUCGAAAAAAGCUCAAGGAGCAUGCUUGGAUCAUUGGCGAGAACGUUGCUGUGAGCGAGCGAGCCAUCGAACAAGCGCCAAAGCUGCUAGAUCAAGGACAGGUCUAUCAGUUUCUUAGCUUUCAUACCUUCUGGGGCAAUCUGGAAACCUUGAUGUUACACUCCUUGGAUUCGAACGGCAUUUUAGAACAUGGGAUUGUUUUACGAAUGCUCAACUUCUUGCCAGCCCUGCGCCAUUUAUCCGUUUCGUCUUUCAAUGCCAACGAUUUCACGGACCGGACAUUACUAUUUCUGCCUGCUCUUACUUCAUUACGCCUUGAAUCGCUGCCUGGCAUAACGGAAAACGGCUUGGCUCGCUAUAUAUCGAGACAAGAGGCAAGAGGCCUACAGUCACUGACACUUAUAGAGCAGAAUAUAACAUCGUUGCUGGUCGUUUCUAAGAUUCUAGCGUCUUUGAGACAUUUACAAAGAUUUGCUAUAGUCCAAAGGGACACGGCCCCCAUUCUACCUGAAGGACGCAUGGUCUUCCAGCCUCUUUUGGCUUCGUCAAGCUUAAAGUAUCUACACUGGGAUCUCGCUAGCCCCAACCCAGAUGCACUUAACCAACUUGAACCACAACAGCUCAGGAAAGCCUCCAAAGGGGCGAAUACACCAAAUUUCCAUCUUGCACAGAGUAUCCUGCAUGCUGGCUUCCCGUCACUGGAAACCCUUCGCGCACCUAGUGAUAUUGAUCCUUUGGGAGCCUUGCAGGCUGUUUGCCGACCCACUCGAAACGGCCAGAUAAUGCUGAUUUCAGAUCGCUAUAGCCUACCCCGAAGCUCACAGGGCACGCUUUCAAAGCGACCGCUGGCAAUGCCUAGUGGUAAUAACCUUACAUCUGCCCGGAUCCGAGCACAAACGCUCAUUGAUACCAGCGCAAGAGAAGGCGAUCAAGGCAUCAAGGUUGUCGUCACGGACCAUUCUGCAGACAUAGCGCUACCACUGCCAGCAUUUUCCGAUUCAAGCUCAGAAAAUAGUUUUGAUGAAUUCGACAAUAUGCUCGAAUCAAUCAAGAAAAGGAAGCAAAAUUCCUCUCCACCCCAACCACCCUCCACCCCUGCCGCCAUCACAGUCCAGGAAUUCAUCAUCCCAACGUACAUAGGCCGCGUAUACAACUCCGCCUACAACAAAAUGGCCCCUACAACCCCACGUUUCAACCUCAAGCCCGACAUUCCCAACUCCGACGCCGACGGCGGCCUAAUCAGCUGGAAACACAUCCUCACCGCCAACCAGACCUGGUCCUACUACACUCCCUCCUCACCCUCUCUAUCCGUCAUUCGCGCAGGCACAAACUCUAGCCUGGGCGAUGACAUCCCCUCUCCAUCGCCCACAUCGUCACGCCACACGAUCCGGAGCCCCGGGGCGGGAAGCAGUGGUGGCUCGCUGCCUUCACCGCGGACCCCGACUUCGCCUAUACCUCCGCUAUCGCCGUUGGGUGUAGGACCCGGUGAGCAGCCGCAGUGGGCGCGAGAGACGUGCAACGGGUCGUGGAAUCAGGGACAUAGGCAGGCCAAGGAUUGGUGGAUGCAUGUUGAGCGGGAGAAAAUUGGUCUUGGGGGCCCGAUGAACCCGAAGUUGAUGGAGCUCAAGCAUUUAUUUUGA